AAUUGAUUGCCACAACACAUGGAUUGUCAUACAAUUUACUUAAUUGUACCUCAAUUUGGAUUACGUGCUUCACAUUAACCAAGGGUUAUACAACAAUACGGAUCGCAAACAGAGUUGUGUUAAAUCAAGUAUUAAUUGUUGAGAUUUUAUUUGUCAAUUGAAUUGUAUUUUGUGACAAUCAUUGGUAACAUAUAUCACACGACAAACUAAUCAAAUUGUUUGUGACGAUCGCCGCCGACCACAAUAAUGUCACACCAGAGGAAGAUUUUGGUGUCUGUAAUCAUACUAUUAGUGCGAGUGUUUGUCAAUGUGUACACAUAUGUCACACUUCCCUACUAUUACUUCAAACAAAAGCCGUGGAAUCGACUCAAGAGAGCCAACAGAUGCCGAUCCAAACUAGAGGAUCCCAACGACAGCGACAGCGCCUGGAUUUGUGAUGAGCCAGAGAUUACUUAUCCAGUUAUAAAGCCGACAGUGACCGAGACAUUAAACAACCUUGCUGAUUAUCACGGACAGCAAACACCUAUUUUAGCCUAUCGCGAAGUGCUGUCGGCCGAGGAGUCGGUCGGAGCCGACGGUAAAGCGCGACGAAUCGAUGGCCGGUCUCUAAGAAAGUAUCGACUCAGCGAUUAUAAGUGGUUGACUUAUGGAGAGAUCGACACAAUCACCACAGCUAUAGCCAAAGGAUUGGCGGCCAAUGGGGCGGCCUUUGGGGACAAGAUAUUGAUUCUAUCGGAGACACGGGUUGAAUGGUUUCUGUGCGCUCAGGCGGUCGCCAAACUCGGCGCUAGUGUUGUCACUCUCUUCUCUAAUCUUGGUGACGAAGGAAUCGUUUACGGCAUAAAUCAAACAGAAAUCAAAUUAAUGAUAGUCUCGUGUGAUUUGAUGCCAAAAAUACGUUCACUAAUCACUCAAAUACCGACCGUUGAGACAAUCGUUUACAUUGAGCACAAGAAUCUUCAUAAAGACAUCACUACCUCUCAAGUGAAUGGCUUUCCCGACAAUAUCAGACUCCAGUCCCUGCAAGAGGUGGAGCGCACCGGCACUCAGAUGUCGGACAUUGAGUUUCAGACACCCAAACCGGAAGACGUGUUCGUUAUAAUGUAUACGUCGGGCACAACGGGUCCACCGAAGGCGGCGAUCGCCACACAUCGGCAAAUGGUGGACGGCUCGGCCAAUACCGCACUCCUAGCCCUUAAAGAUGUUAUCUCCGAAAGUCGGAGCCAUACUUAUAUCGCAUUCCUGCCAUUGGCUCAUGUCUUUGAGUUAACGGUUGAAUUCGCCCUCUUCUACGGUAUCGUUAUCUCAUUUUUAACUUAA